CCUCCCUCAGGGGCAGCUUCAAAAGCCCAGCACGCUCUCAAAACAAAGGAAGACGGGUCCUUGGGUCCUCGACUGCAGAGGAAGCAGGAAGAGCCCACCCCGCUCAGAGCCCAGCUGCUGGGGCCUGGGGACAGCGGGAUGGAGUCCGUGGCCCUGUACAGUUUCCAGGCCACGGAGAGUGAUGAGCUCGCCUUCAACAAAGGGGACACGCUCAAGAUCCUGAACAUGGAAGAUGACCAGAACUGGUAUAAGGCUGAGCUCCGAGGCGCUGAGGGCUUUAUUCCCAAGAAUUACAUCCGCGUCAAGCCUCACCCGUGGUACUCGGGCAGGAUUUCCCGGCAGCUGGCUGAAGAGAUUCUGAUGAAGCGGAACCACCUGGGAGCCUUUCUGAUCCGGGAGAGUGAGAGCUCCCCAGGGGAGUUCUCGGUCUCUGUGAACUACGGCGACCAGGUGCAGCAUUUCAAGGUGCUACGCGAGGCCUCUGGGAAGUACUUCCUGUGGGAAGAGAAGUUCAACUCCCUGAACGAGCUGGUGGAUUUCUACCGCACCACCACCAUCGCCAAGCAGCGCCAGGUCUUCCUGCGGGACGAGGAGACCCCGCUCAAGGCCCCCCAGGCCUGCUUUGCCCAGGCCCAGUUUGACUUCUCGGCCCAGGACUCCUCACAGCUCAGCUUCCACCGUGGGGACAUCAUCGAGGUCCUGGAGCACCUUGACCCCCACUGGUGGCGGGGCCGGUUGUGCGGACGCAUUGGGUUCUUCCCUCGGAGCUACGUCCAGCCGGUGCAGCUGUGACCAGGUUGCGGCCCGGGGACGGGAGCUGAGCCUGCAGUCCAUCCAUCCACGAGACACUGAGCUCUGGAGAGAAGACGUGGACGCCCCGUCCCUGGGUCCCACGGGGCUCAGCCGAGGGUCUUGGACCAGAACGUGGGCCUCGUCACUGCCGGGCCCGGGCGCCUGCUGCUUUGCACAAACUGGGACAGGCCCCAGGGCCCAAGAGCCACUGUGAAAUUCGGUGCCCACCAGACAAGGCGAGCUCCCAGGGCUUCCCACUGGCCUCUUCCCAUUGGCCACCAGCUGCAGGGUGCCCUGGGGCAGGGGCACAGAAGCCCCCCAACCUCCCACCAUCAAUGGCCCCAAACUCAGGGAGACUUGAGGACUCCUAUGUUGCAGGAAUUUGGGGGCUCUGCCCAAGGAACCAUGCAUAUGCUGGAUGGGUUCAAAUUGGGUUGACCAUCUGCUGGGCCUGCCUGCCCCCCCAAAAUGGCCCUUGAGGGGUGCUGGCUACUGGGAAACUGGCUUAGUGAGGAGGGAUAGGACAGGGGCUGCACACCUGUUAAUCUGGACUGAUGGAAUGACAACAGGUGGAGACUGACUUCUCGGCAGCCCCAUGAAACUUGGGGCUCCACUUGGGUGUCCCACACCCCUGCCCCACUGUGGACACUUGGUAGAGGCACUGCAGGCCCACAGGAAGUGUGCAGUGAUGGACACGGAGGGAGCUGCUCCUCUCCUGCAGCCCCGACACGACGGACAAGCUUCACGGGGCAGGCCUGGGGCGCGGACCCUCGGAGGACCUGCCGCCCUGGCUCUUGUUCACCUGGGUCCAAGUUCUGCACAGACUGGGGCCCUGGAACUUAGGGAAACCACAGGCCACAGGUGGGAAACCACAGGUGGGAUGUCAGGGCCGAGGCUGGACUGGGAGUUCUCACAUCUGGAGUGGUUCCCUGGCUUGAGGAAAGGCAGGAUGUCCCGUCCACACAGAACGUGCAACCAGCAGCAGGAGCGAAGGCCACCUGCCUGGGGUCUCGGCACCUUUGGGACUCAGAAAGCGCUUUGGAUGCCAGGCUGGUGGUGGAAGGGGCAGUGAGAGGGGAGGGAGGGAGAAGUAGAUCUCAUGGCAGCAGGGAGCAGGGGGGAUGGGGGCAAGAGCCCAGGGAGGGGGCCGUAGGCUCAUCCUCUGCCCUGGGCUGGCCAGCGACCAAGUCGAUCAAGUCCGGAGCUGCUCCUGAUCCGGGCCCGUGUUUUCAAAAUAAAAACAGUAAAAUGAG